CCACCCCCACCCAAAACCCUAACUUCUCUCUCUCUCCUUACCCCUACCAAAACCCCCUUAGCAUAUACAUCACACUUGUCGGCUUAAAAGCCUCAAUUUUUUUGGUUGUAUCUGUAUAUUUGCAUCGUCUGAAAUCUAGGGUUCUUUUUUGAGGGACUAUGUUUUGGGGACGACGACAUUGAUUUCUCUUUCGACAAGAAUGUAUAGAGAUAGAGGAGGUGGGGGAUCGAGGUCGGAGAUGGGUCCCGUUGAUCGGAAGCGAAUCAACGAUGCCCUCGACAAGCACUUGGAGCGAUCCUCCCCCUCCACUUCCAGGUCUUUCAACGCCAAGGAUAAAGAUCGCUUGUCGGCUCAGUCCAUUUUGACCGCCACCAAGCCCACACCUGAUCACAGGGACUCUCGCUCUGCCUCUUUGCCUGAAAACAAAGGUUCAGAUGAGGAAUCUGAAACAGACAGUGAGGAGUCAGAUGUUAGUGGUUCAGAUGGGGAUGAUACAUCUUGGAUCACAUGGUUCUGUAAUCUGCGUGGGAAUGAGUUUUUCUGUGAAGUUGAUGAUGAUUACAUUCAGGAUGAUUUUAACCUCUGUGGGUUAAGCGGUCAAGUUCCUUAUUAUGACUAUGCGCUCGAUUUGAUUCUGGAUGUUGAAUCUUCUCAUGGUGAUAUGUUUACAGAGGAACAGAACGAAUUAGUUGAAUCAGCAGCAGAGAUGCUUUAUGGUCUAAUUCACGUGCGAUACGUAUUGACAAGCAAAGGAAUGGCUGCUAUGCUAGAGAAGUACAAGAAUGCUGAGUUUGGACGUUGCCCAAGAGUUUACUGCUGCGGACAACCCUGCCUUCCUGUUGGUCAAUCGGACAUUGCUCGACAAAGCACAGUGAAAAUUUACUGUCCCAAGUGCGAAGAUAUUUAUAGCCCUCGAUCCAGGUUCCAAAACAACAUUGAUGGAGCCUAUUUUGGAACCACAUUUUCUCAUUUGUUUCUGAUGACUUACGGGCACCUCAAGCCUCAAAAGGUGUCACAAAGCUAUGUCCCAAGAGUAUUCGGCUUCAAGAUCCACAAGCCAUGAUGCUGGAGUUCCAAGCUGCCAUUGGGCCACGAUUUCCUAGCUGCUGAUUGGGGUGGGAGUUCCUAUCAUAGCCUGUAUGUUGGUAAUUCUCUUCUUUUGGGGGGAGUUGAUGAUUUUAACAAUACAGCUAGAGUUCAGAGGGUCUCCCAAGCUGUCACAAACUACGUUCACCUUUUAAAAUUGAUGUGGGAAAUAUCUGAGAAAGAUAUUUGACUUCCAUGUCAAACUAUUUCAUCUUUUUAGUUUAGGUGCCUAUUUUAUCUUUUUGAUUUUUAUUUUUUCUUUCUUUCUUUAUUGGUAAUAUGUAUUUUAACUUCAUUGUAAUGGCUUCGGCUGGCUGGAUUUAGUUUCACAUUGUUGUCAAUGGCACUUCAAUAUUGCCAUUUGAAUUUCAUGGAUGUGUAAUGUGUUGGGCUUUUCUAGGAUGCAACUACUUGUAUUUCUUGAUUUACUUUUCAAUGGUGCAAGUGUUCAAUUCUAGAUCAACAGUUUGAUGUAAUACAUUAAUUUCAAAAUAUACUGAUAUAUCUGCAACUUGGAUAGAUUUUGAAUU